UCCAUCGAAUAAAUCAAAUAAACCGUGCAGCGGCGCAGUCCAACUGUUGGACAAAAUUCCCCAAAACAAAGCACCGCCAUGGGCAGGAGAGGAGGAGGAGGAGGAGGAGCUCAAAGGGCGCCAAACAUCUCAUUCGCGUCUACCAAUAACAUAUCACUGAGAGAAGAACUGACCGGGAAAAAGCAGACCAAGGGCGGCUUCUCCAUCAAUGCCAAGGCCGCGCUGAAGCUCGAGCACUUGCAGAGACUUGCUGUGUGGACUGGCGCGGAGACUUCUGUUCCUUCUUUGGGUGCAUUCUUUGGGUGCACCUUGGCCGCUGCCCAAGAGGCCAUCGGUGUGCCCCCUAAACCUUCUCUCUUCCCUUGCCAGAGAUGUGAAACAGUUCUUCAGCCUGGCUUCAACUGCACUGUUCGAAUUGAGAAAAAUAGAGCAAAGGUACGACGACGAAGUAAGAAGAUUACUAAUUUCUCUCGAAACAAUGUAGUGUAUACAUGCCACUUCUGUUCACACCGGAAUGUGAAGAGAGGGACUCCAAAUGGACAUAUGAAAAUGAUAUGCCCCCCUAAGGCCAAAACAACUUCGAAUCUAAAACUUAAGUCCAUCUCCAAGAAGUUUAUCAACUCAAAGGAGAUCACAGCAGGUGAUGAGGUUAGUAAAGCGGAGGAGAUAGCUCCUUCCGCAGGCAGAGAGAUUCCUGCAGUCAACACUCUUGCAGGCGAAGGUGAGGUUAGUAAGGCGAAUGAAAUAGCUCCUUCAGCAGGCACAGAGAUUCCUGGCGUGGAUACUCCUGCAACUCCAGCGGUGAAGACUGGAAUUGCUUUGUUGUUGGGAGGGAAGAAGAGAAGGAGAAACAAUUCGGCGACCAAGAAACCAGCUGAACGUGAGAGCAGUCCCACCUCAAUAGCUGAAAACACAACUAGCACGUCAAACAAAAGGAGGAGAAAAUCAUGGACCAGUUUGAAGGAGAUUGCUAUACGCAGUGAUCACAAUAACAUCCGAAAAAUCAGUUUGAUUUGACAAUCCCUUUCGAUGGCCCAGGAGUGCAUAACAAUUUUGUAGUUCGGUAGAUCAAAUUUCGAAUGAUAUGAAAUAGCAUGUUGAUUCCAUGUUGAUUCUUUGAUUGAAGGAGAAGGGAGUUUGCCUGAAAUGAAGCCUGCUGCACGAUAAGAACCCACUGAAUAAUUCUACCAAGUUGUUCCGAGUCAACUAGGAGGAGACAUAAAGCAAAGCAGGACGAAGAAAGCAGGUCGAAGAUAGAAAUUUAGGAGUCGUUUGAUAAUUAUUUGUUUUUUAUUUAUUUUAGUUUUCAAAGUGAAAACGAUUUGAAAUAGUUUUUUAUUUGCUUUUUGUGUAACCCUUAUUUAUUUAUUUAUUUAUCUCGUCUGCCAUUUUUCC